AUGGGAUUCAGCGACAGCAUCAGCACCACCAUAAGUGAUGAGGAUCAGAAGAGACGCCGAAACGAUCGAGCGGCAUUGAAGACCAGUCUGAACCAGAUGUACGCCGAGUUGGGCAUCAAACCACAAACCAACGCCGGAAGCAAGCUUUGCGGGAAAUGCAUCAACGUCAUGGCAACUUUCAGGGAGAGUCAGCGAGACGGACCAGACGCAGGGUGGAGAAGUUUCAACGCAAAGCACUUUCUGACGUUCGGCGAGGUGCAACGGGCAGCGCAGCAUGGAUGUGCGCUUUGUGCUGCCUUUACCUGUGCCGACCUAGACCCUUGCUAUAAUAUAGGCCCGCCUGGGGUCGUCUGCAUUGACGACGACAGUAGCGAUCUAAGGUACAAGUACGAAAAUCCUGAAGGCGACGCCGAUGAAGAACCUACGUUCUUCGAAACACUUGAGACAGAGCUACCAGAGCCUGACCUCUCAACCGAAGAACAGUUUGGUGUUCCCUGCUCACAUGAAAAGCGGUUGAACAACCACAUAUAUCGCAGCACAAGGGAUGGUCUCCCCUUUUGCAAGACCUGGCUAGAACAUUGUCUACAGCACCAUGAGCAUUGCCGUAAGAGGUCGGCAGGCCUUCCUACCCGCCUUGUGGAUGUGCGAGGCUCGACUGUCAAGUUAUGCCUAGGGGUCGAACUCAAAGAUCAAAGCACGAGUUAUGCAACACUGAGUCAUUGCUGGGGAGGCCACAAUUUCAUGACCCUCACCAAGCAAAACCUGUCUCUCUUUCUCCGGGGUAUCCCAAUGCAAGACCUCACAAAGACAUUCCAGGAAGCCAUCGAGACAACUCGGUAUUUGGGUCUUGAUUACAUUUGGAUCGACUCCCUCUGCAUCGUGCAGGACAGCCAUCAAGACUGGCAAGAGGAGUCCGCGCUGAUGGCAGGCGUCUAUGGUAAUGCCACUGUCAACAUCGCCGCUACGGCGGCAGUUGACGGGAGGGACGGGUUGUUCUUCAACCGUCCCUCGAACUGGCGCUGGCAGAUCCAACUGAGGAACGAUUACGGAGACGACAUCGAGGUUUAUUAUUGUUUUCCAACUGGCUGGGAUGUAGCCACAUCGCUGCCCCUAACUAAACGGGCUUGGGUUGUUCAAGAGCGUUGCCUCUCUCACCGAACGAUUCAUUUUACCAAGCGGCAGGUGUUUUGGGAAUGCAACGGCGGCCACUACUGCGAAUCAAACCCCACGGGGUAUGGGAGCUCUGUUAUGGCUGGCGAGUGGCACGCAAAAUACAGCAUCGAGACCUUCAGGAUGGAGAGACGGUUUUUGAACAUGCACACCUGGUGCAACGUCGUGCAGACUUAUACUGAAUGUCAGAUGACUAAACAGACCGACAAGCUUGCAGCCAUCGCCGGCUUCGCCAGGGCCGUGCAGCAGUCGUUGAAACGAUCAAAGAGAUACAUUGCUGGUAUGUGGGAGGAAGGCUUAUUGGGCCAGCUCUCCUGGACGGCUCAGAACCCAGGGGAACGAAAUACGGCCAUCAGCGCGCCGUCAUGGUCCUGGGCUUCAGUUGAUGCUAUCAUCAAGGCUUAUUUUCAUGGAGACGGCGACCACCUCUAUCUGGAAUUUCCACAAAGGAGGAGCAGAUAUCGCGCGGUUACAGUGGAAAGUAUUGAGGUCCAGUAUACGUCGCCCAGUGACGAAUUUGCAUCAGUUACUUCCGCAGUUCUUCGCCUGCGAUGCGAGUACUUGUACCACGGUAUCCUCCAGCCUUUCACGUCAAAGUACAAUUGGGAUUAUCUAUACAACUUUCAGGGUGCUAGGGAUAAAGGGCACACACCGCGGACUCUUGAUGUUACAUGGGACCUCGCCGACUUCUCCCCAGAAAGCAACUCGGGCGGCGUGGAAGUAUAUCUCUUCCCUCUCAUGUCGCGUAACGUACGGGGUUGCGAUGAAUCGUCAUCCAAGGGUUUGGUGCUUCGGCCGCGCUCGGAGAAUGGUCAGUAUGAACGUGUCGGAUACUACGAGGUCGAUGAUCGUCACAUGGACUUCCAUGUCUACCCGCCCGAGGAGGAGGAUGGGAUGCCCCCGUCCUGGAUUGAGGGCUUUGAUUACAGGGGCUCAAAAGAACUUUUCCAGCCUACGGACUGCAUCGCGAACAGAGAAGAUGCGAGAUUUUCCUGUAUCCGUGACAAGGGCGAUGAAUCCACUGAUUUCUUUAUUGAUAUACUGUAG